AUGGCACUACAUCCGCAGGACGCCGUCCACGAGCUCUCCCUCCGCGACCCCGAAGCGUUCUGGGGUCACCAUGCGAAACAACUCCACUGGCACAAACAGCCAUCCCGUACCCUCGUUCGAACGACCAAGACGCUCCCGAGCGGUGUCAGUCAUGAGCACUGGAGCUGGUUCCCGGACGGCGAGAUCUCAACCACCUACAACUGCGUGGAUAGGCAUGUCGAGAAUGGCAAUGGUGACAAUAUCGCCAUUGUAUGGGAGUCUCCCGUCACCGGACAGCGGGAAACGUAUACGUACCGACAGCUCCAAGACGAGGUGGAAGUCCUGGCGGGAGUGUUACGCGAGGAAGGCGUACGGAAGGGAGACGUAGUGAUCAUUUACAUGCCCAUGAUCCCGGCGGCACUCAUUGCAGCUCUGGCUACUGUCCGGUUGGGGGCCAUCCACGCUGCCGUCUUUGGUGGAUUCGCGGCUGCGUCUCUGGCACAACGGAUCGAGGCAGCCAAGCCCCGAGUUAUCAUGACAGCCUCAUGCGGCAUCGAAGGAGCCAAGGGGCCCUUGGCUUACCGGCCGCUGGUCGAGGGUGCCAUCCAGAAGAGCAAGUUCAAACCGGAGAAAGUCAUCAUCUGGCAACGGGAUCAGCUGCGAUGGAACCAGCCUGAUAAGUUGGGUGGCCAGAGGAACUGGCAAAGGCUCGUCAAAAGUGGACGGAUGCGAGGCAUUCGUGCGGGACCGGUGCCUGUGAAGAGCAACGACGGGCUGUACAUCAUCUACACAAGCGGCACGACCGGCUUGCCGAAGGGCGUCGUUCGUGAGGCUGGCGGGCAUGCUGUCGGGUUGAGCCUCUCGAUCAAGUAUCUGUUUGACAUCAAAGGUCCUGGAGAUGUCAUGUUCUGUGCGUCGGACAUCGGUUGGGUCGUAGGUCACUCUUACAUUCUCUACGCACCGCUGCUGGUGGGCGCGACGACCAUCCUCUACGAGGGCAAGCCGGUUGGAACGCCCGAUGCUGGUGCUUUCUGGCGAGUUGUGGAGGCCAACAAGGUCAAUGUGCUCUCUACGGCCCCAACGGCACUUCGUGCCAUGCGGAAAGACGACCCGGAGAGCAAGCUGUUAGAAGAAGUCGGCCGACGCGGCGGUCUCAGGUCUUUGAGGGCGCUGUUCCUUGCUGGUGAAAGGAGUGAGCCCAGCAUUGUGAGGACGUUCCAGGAUCUGCUGUCCAAACACGCUGCCCCCGGUGCCAUGGUUGUGGACAAUUGGUGGUCAUCGGAGUCUGGAUCACCCAUCUCCGGAUUGGCGCUGCAGAGCACACUGGGCCAACUGAAUGCUGAUCCGAACCGAGGACCUCAUCCAGCCUUGCCUAUCAAGCCUGGAUCCGCAGGAAAACCGAUGCCGGGGUUUGACGUCCGAGUCGUGGACGAUGAGGGCAACGAAGUCCCGAAGGGAACGAUGGGCAACAUUGUGAUGGCGAUACCCCUGGCUCCGACUGCCUUUACCACGCUCUUCAACGACGAGGAGCGAUUCUACAAGGGAUACCUGAAGCGGUUCAAUGGCCGGUGGGUGGACACAGGCGACGCCGGCCUGAUCGAUGAGCAGGGGUAUAUCCACAUCAUGUCUCGAUCGGACGACAUCAUCAACGUAGCGGCGCACCGAUUCAGUACCGGUAUGUGCCCUGUCGUUUGUAUAUUGAAUUCAAGCAUUCGAACUGGUAUUCUGACAACAAUCGCAGGAGCGAUUGAGCAAGCCAUCCUGUCGCACCCAGACAUCGGCGAGGCCAGCGUUGUCGGUAUUCCAGAUUCUCUGAAAGGCCAUCUGCCAUUCGCCUUCGUCCAGCCGCGGAUAACCAACAGCGACGGCACCAAUUCCUCCCUCCCAGCGACCCCAACGCCAGAAUUCUUCCAGGCUGUCAACAGCCUCGUCCGCGAGCAGAUCGGCGCCAUCGCCUCGCUAGGCGGCAUGAUCCAGGGGCGCGGCAUGAUCCCCAAGACGCGAAGCGGCAAGACGCUGCGGCGCGUGCUGCGCGAGUUGGUCGAGAACGCAGUCAAGGGCGAUUACACGUCGCCGGUGAACGUCCCGCCGACGGUGGAGGACGCAGAGGUGGUAGAGGUUGCACGGGCGCGAGUGAAAGAAUACUUUGAGGAGAAAGCGCGGAGAGAGGGCAAGGCUAAACCAAAGCUAUAA